CUUUAAAUCGCGGCGCCCAGCGGUUUGGCGUCUCAGUUCCUGAGCCUGGGAGCAACCGCAGCUUCUAGUAUCCAGACUCCAGCGCCGCCCGGGCCCCGGACCCCAGCCCGGACCCAGAGCUUCUCCAGCGGCGGCGCAGCGAGCAGGGCUCCCCGCUUUAACUUCCUCCGCGGGGCCCAGCCACCUUCGGGAGCCCGCGUUGCGCACCUGCAAACUCUCUGCCUUCUGCACCUGCCACCCCUGAGCCAGCGCGGGCGGCCGAGCGAGUCAUGGCCAACGCGGGGCUGCAGCUUUUGGGCUUCAUUCUCGCCUUCCUGGGAUGGAUCGGCGCCAUCGUCAGCACUGCCCUGCCCCAGUGGAGGAUUUACUCCUAUGCCGGCGACAACAUCGUGACCGCCCAGGCCAUGUACGAGGGGCUGUGGAUGUCCUGCGUGUCGCAGAGCACCGGGCAGAUCCAGUGCAAAGUCUUUGACUCCUUGCUGAAUCUGAGCAGCACAUUGCAAGCAACCCGUGCCUUGAUGGUGGUUGGCAUCCUCCUGGGAGUGAUAGCAAUCUUUGUGGCCACCGUUGGCAUGAAGUGUAUGAAGUGCUUGGAAGACGAUGAGGUACAGAAGAUGAGGAUGGCUGUCAUUGGGGGCGUGAUAUUUCUUCUUGCAGGUCUGGCUAUUUUAGUUGCCACAGCAUGGUAUGGCAAUAGAAUUGUUCAAGAAUUCUAUGACCCCAUGACCCCAGUCAAUGCCAGGUACGAAUUUGGUCAGGCUCUCUUCACUGGCUGGGCUGCUGCUUCUCUCUGCCUUCUGGGAGGUGCCCUACUUUGCUGUUCCUGUCCUCGAAAAACAACUUCAUACCCAACACCACGGCCCUAUCCAAAACCUGCACCUUCCAGUGGGAAAGACUACGUGUGACACAGAGGCAAAAGGAGACAAUCAUGUUGGAACAAACUGAAAAUGGACAUUGAGAUACUAUCAUUAACAUUAGGACCUUAGACUUUUGAGUAUUGCAAUCUGAAGUAUGGUAUUACAAAACAAACAAAGAAACCCAUGUGUUAAAAAUACCUAUUGCUAAACAUGGCUUAGUCUUAUUUUAUCUUCUUUCCUCAAUACAGGAGGGAAGAUUUUUCCAUUUGUAUUACUGCUUCCCAUUGAGUAAUCAUACUCAAAUGGGGGAAGGGGGUGCUCUUAAAUAUAUAUAGAUGUGUAUAUAUACAUGUUUUUCUAUUAAAAAUAGACAGUAAAAUACUCUUCUCAUUAUGUUGAUACUAGCAUACUUAAAAUAUCUCUAAAAAUAGGUAAAUGUAUUUAAUUCCAUAUUGAUGAAAAUGUUUAUUGGUAUAUUUUUUUUGUUUAUGUAUACAUAUAUAAUAGUCAAAUAUCAUUUACUCUUCUUCAUUAGCUUUUAGUGUCUUUGCCAUAAGACCUAGUCUAAUCUACCAAGAAUGAAUUCUUUCAAUUCUUCAUGCGUGCCCUUUUCAUAUACUUAUUUUAUUUUUUACCAUAAUCUUAUAGCACUUGCAUCGUUAUUAAGCCCUUAUUUGUUUUGUGUUUCAUUGGUCUCUAUCUCCUGAAGCUAACACAUUUCAUAGUCUACAUUUUAGUUUCUAAAGCCAAUAAGAAUUUAUUACAAAUCAGAACUUUGGAGGCAAAUCUUUCUGCAUGACCAAAGUGAUAAAUUCCUGUUGACCUUCCCACACAGUCCUCGUACUCUGACCCAUAGCAUUCUUGUUUGCUUUGAAAAUAUUUGUCCAAUUGAGUAGCUGCAUGCUGUUCACCCAGGUGUUGUAACACAAUUUUAUGGAUUGAAUUAUGAAGCUACUUAUUCAUACUUAUAUAUCCCACCUAAACUACCUUUUUGUUCCCCUUCCUUAAUUGUAUUGUUUUCCCACAUGUAAUUAUCAUGUAGUUUAUAUCUUCCUAAUAAGGUGUGGUCUGUUUGUCUGAACAAAAUGCUAGACUUUCUGGAGUGAUAAGCUGGUGACAAAUAUUCUCUCUGCAGCUGUAAGCAAGUCACUUAAUCUUUCUACCUCUUUUUUCUAUCUGCCAAAUUGAGAUAAUGAUUUAACCAGUUAGAAGAGGUAGUGUGA